GUCUCUUCCUUGCUUAGUAAACGGAUUGGUGCCGUCAGAAACAUGGAAGUAACUCAACUUUUGCUCGGGCCAAUCCUCGCCCCAUUUAUUUUAGGAUUAACUACAAUAUUUUUGCUCUAUUGGCUAACUACGAGGAGACACAAUUAUUGGAAAGAAAGAGGAGUCGUCUACGAUGAGCCUCUCCCUUUCUUUGGAUCUCUCUGGCGAGGGUUUACAAAGCAAGCCCAAGAUGUUGAAAUUGAAAGAUAUAAGAAACAUGGAAGAAUAUAUGGGCAUUUCGAAGGAUCUCGACCUGUUAUAUCAGUUGCAGAUCCGGCCUUGCUGAGGAACAUAAUGGUUAAAGACUUCGCAUCGUUUUCACAACGAAGAAGAUUCCUGGUGGGAGAUAAACUUUUCGACAGCAUGGUUUCUAUACUCAAAGGAGAAGAUUGGAAAAGAGUUCGCACAGUUAUUACUCCUACAUUCACAACAGGAAAAAUAAAAAGGAUGGUGAAAAUUUUCAAGGAAUGCGCCCAAACGUGUGUUAAUAACCACAAAGUUUAUGCGGAACAAGGAAAACCCGUUGACUUAAAAAAGAUUUAUGGUGCUUUUACAAUGGACAUCAUUGCAAGCUCUGCUUUUUCCACUAAGCUCGAUUCCCAUAAUGAUCCGGAAAACAAAUUCGUGAAAGCUGCGAGAGACGUUUUUACUAGGAACCUUAGCUGGAGAAUCGUUCUUUUCUUUUUGUUCCCUCAAUUGAUGAAAUGGCUUGGUAUCAGUAUUUUCUCACCCAAAGGAAUGCGUUUUUUCCAGGAUGUCACACUCCAAAUCAUAGAGGAGAGGAAGAGAACUGGAAAGAAAAGGAAUGAUUUUCUACAACUGUUGAUGGACACUGCAGAUGAAGUACAGGAACAAGAUAAACAGGAAGUUGAGAAAGAGGAUUUGACAGAAAAUUAUGGAAAAGAUGAUACCCAACAUCAGAUUUUUAAGAGUGUCACCAAGAAGUCUCUUUCUUACGACGAACUCAUAGCAAACUGCGUAGUUUUCUUCCUUGCUGGAUAUGACACCACGGCCUCUACUUUGUCUUUCGCCAGCUACUUACUGGCUAUCAACCCAGACGCCCAAGAAAGGUUAAUUGCUGAAAUAGACGAAGUAUUAAAAGCCUCUAAUGGAGAAAUUACUUAUGAAUCUAUUCAAGAAAUGAAAUGUUUGGACAACGUGAUUUCAGAAACUUUGAGACUAUAUUCACCAGCUGUGAGAUUGGAAAGAAUUGCAGAACAAGACUACGUUCUUGGAGAUACAGGAAUAACCAUACCGAAAGAUAUGAUAGUCACCAUUCCUAUUUCUGCCAUGCACAUGGAUCCGGAGUUUUUUCCUAAUCCAGAGAAAUUUGAUCCUGAUAGAUUUAGUGCUGAGGAAAGAGCCAAGAGAGACCAGUAUACAUACAUGCCUUUUGGAUCCGGACCCAGAAACUGCAUCGGCAUGCGAUUCGCCCUCAUGGAAAUCAAGGUGUGCCUCGCGUAUAUCCUCAGCAACUUCAGAAUAAAGAAAUGUCCCCAAACUCAGGUACCUCUGGAGUUUUAUGUUGGACAGCAGCUUCUACAGCCUAAGAACGUUUCUGUUCAGAUGGAAAUCAGGAAAGACGGCAUCAGAGCGAGAUAAAACUCCGUUUUUGAAAAUUGAUGAACAAGUGAAGAGGAGUAACAUAAAAACUUCGAAAAGCAACUAACUUAUUUUAGAUCCAAACUUUUUGAUACGGAAGGUUCCGUUGAUAUUAUCAUCCAAGAAUUCCUCAAUAUAUAUAUGUAUACAUAAUUUAGAAACGCAUAGUAUUAGCUGUAUUGUAAAUAUUUUAAGAUAUUUGUUUUAAAAUAAAAAA